GAGCGUGCUCUGACUGCACUGCCCCGGACCUCAGUAAUCCCACGGUGACAUCUAGCGGCAACAGCUUGUGCACCAGCAUGAACUCUGCCCAUGCCCGGGGCCAUAUCUUAGAGGGGCGGGGACCACCGCGGAGCUCCUCCCCCCUCCAGGCUGCCGUCAGCUGGGCUGCUGCUGCUGCUGGACCGGAGCGAGUCGGCACCAACAACCAGCCUCUGGCUGCUCCUCCGUGCUGAGGGAAAACUCGGUGCAGCCAGGAGCCACCCCGUCAUUUAUCACGGUCAACGACAUGGCCUCCGACGGCAUGGACGAGCGAUCUCCGCUGCUGUCGGGCCCCAACUCCGAGAAUGUGACCCCGACAGCUCCCCCGUACCUGCAGGAUUCAAGUCCCCGAGCCGAACUACCUCCUCCUUACACAGCCAUCGCCAGCCCCGAUGCCGGCGGUGUGCCUGUCAUCAACUGCCGUGUUUGCCAGUCGCUCAUCAACCUGGACGGAAAGCUGCAUCAGCACGUGGUCAAGUGCACUGUCUGCAAUGAAGCUACACCCAUUAAGAAUCCCCCCACAGGGAAAAAGUAUGUGCGGUGUCCCUGCAACUGCCUGCUCAUCUGUAAAGACACAUCCAGAAGGAUAGGAUGUCCUCGACCAAACUGCAGACGCAUUAUCAACCUGAGCCCGGUGAUGGUAAUCCCCGAGGAGCAACCCGCCCAGCCAGCGCUGCCCAUCCAACCCGAGGGAAUGAGAGUGGUCUGUGGCCACUGUGGCAACACCUUCCUAGGCAGUGAGGACGCCAGGACAUCACAGCCUAUGUCUGGUCUCCCCAGUGAUGGCUCUCCACCAGCACAACAACAGUGGAUGGAGCUUCGAUUUAACACGCUAGCCAAGUGUCCCCACUGCAAAAAAAUAUCCUCCGUUGGCAGUGCGCUCCCUAGGAGGCGCUGUUGUGCUUAUAUAACUAUAGGAAUGAUCUGCAUUUUCAUUGGAGUGGGUUUAACAGUUGGCACUCGGGACUUCGCCAGACGUUACAACGCCACCUACGUGUCCUGGGCAUUUGCCUAUCUGCUGGGCCUCAUCUGUCUGAUACGAGCCUGCUACUGGGGGGCUAUCAAAGUGAGCUACCCAGAGAAUAGCUUCGCCUAGAGUGAGAACAUGUGCACGGCUGGAAGAACAAAACUUCACUUUUAGUUUUUUCAUCUUGCUCAGAUUUCAGUCAUGUUCGUCGAAGUGGAACAUCUGUAGAGUGAAUGGACAGGAGUUUGUUCGAGAAAGAGUAUGCUGGUGAUUUUUCUUCAUGUUCCGUUUGUGUCUGGAAUAUUUUUGACUUACUGAACAAACCUACUGCCUGUCAGUCAGUCCUGUACCGGUCCACUGAGACUCAAAUCCAGUCCAAGUCUCCUAAAAUCCUUGAAAGUACAGAAUUAAGAAAUUGAAAUGAUUUUUCUUGAUAAAUGCCUGAAUUAGUUGGUUCACAUGCUGAUUUUAGAAAUUAUAGUGCAAGAGACUGGCUGGGUUUAGGAUUUUUGGAUCAGUUUUCUUUUCUUCAGCAGCCUGAAUGACGUGACUGCACCCACUUGAUUUUUCUCGUUACCGACCAGACCAAAUUGAAACAACCUAAGAACAGUUUUCCCAUUGCACUACAAUUAUAUGCAAUUGUGUUGUUUUGCUGCUAGUUAAUGUCCAGCUGCAGAAAGCUGCAUAUUCAUACUGCAUUGUAACCAUUUCUCAUGCCUGUGUACACUGACAUAGUAUUGCUAUAUGAUUUUAACUCUUGAAAAUGUUGAUUUUUGAGGAGAAAUUAUCCUUAAAUACCCACGUGUGCCAACUUUGCUUCCCAUUGUUUAGUCAGGAAAUGUCAGAUCAACAGGAGCUUGUUUUUUUUUAAUCAUUUCUUUGUGCCAUGCAGCUUUUAACUCACUACAGCAAUAACCAUUUUGAGUUGUGAUGAAGCUUCCUGGUCCUCUGUCCCCAAGCUUUUCACCGUUACCUUCUCAAAAUGAUCCGAAAAAACAAAACAAAACAUGGUGACUCACGUUUGCAUGCCAACUUUUUUUUCUCUUCCAGUUUUAGAGGUAGUUGAAGCCCAUGAUGUUCCUGUCUUUGCUCCUUCUGCCUGUGAGUUAGAAUGUAAACCCUCCCCCCUUCGCUUAUAUCGCUGCUCUUUAACCUCCAGUGAACUCUGUCUAGCUAGCAUUGCUAUACGCUAACUCAGCAUCCUAUCUCUUGACCUUGACCGGUGGGCACAGUUCAAACUCCUAACCUUGUUUUGAAUGUGAUUAUGACGAUGAAGCAGAAAAUACUAAGAAAUACUUUGUACAUAGUUCAAAUUCAGUACUUGGGUAAGUGAGUAUGUACGUAGCGUGAGCUAGAAGGUAAAGUUGGCUGUGGGGCUUUUUAAAAAUGAUAAUUUAUCAAUAAAAUUA